AUGUUCGGUCGUGAACCAAAGUCUGUCUUUUUGCCAUCGUUGCAGGCCCUUGAUCAGCUCUCAUUCGACCCAUUCGGGUAUAACGAGUACGUCAAGGCCCUCUCGAUCCACCUUGAGGAUCUUGUUGACCUCGCCCACGCCUCCGCCUCUGCUGCAGCCCAAGCUUACUACGACAAGAAGGCCACUGCUCGUCAAUUCUAUGUUGGACAACGUGUACUAGUACGACGUCUUGGCCCUCAAACCGGAAAUAAGCUUGAACCUAAGUGGAGCCCUGGUUGGUUUGUGGUUGGUCAGAUGCCUGGCCAAGAGAAUAAGGUUCUCAAGCUCAAGCACCAAGAGACGCUUCAAGUUCGUGUUCUGUCAGCUGAUUAUGUCGCUAUCGACCCCCUUCAGCCCGACGCCGUUCCUGACGCCCUUG